AUGUCUUCGCCACUCAAACCAAUUGAUAACCGGUUUGUGAUCACCGAUUGGAUCCCGUAUUCUUCGCGUGUGUGUCCAACAACAGUGGCGUCCAAUGGCGUGUCGUUUGUCCUGUCGUUGACACUGUCGACAGUACUGACGGCUAUAAUGCAAAUGUAUAGACAGGUGUUGUCCUCAUCGCAGCCGAUGACCAUCUUUGCCGGCUAUUUGGGUUCAAUGCUAUUCCUCCUGAUCCUCACCGCCAUUAGUAAUCUGGAGAUGAGUUUAUUCGGCAAACACUUCCAGAGCAAACUCUGGGAAGUGAUCAUAAGUCUGGUGAUCGCGCUGUUCGUGUCCGGCGGUGUCCAUCGAGUGUCCAUCACCUGCUGUUUAAUUUUCUCGUUCAUUGGCUUAUAUUACGUGAACCGGAUUAGUGCUAAAGUGCAUCAAAUGAAUACAAUUAAUCCCAAUAUCGCUAAUAACCCGACGUCUAAGAAACGGAAGUGAAUUACGAGUUAUUUUAUAUAUACAUUGCAAUUGUUUUGCUGUCUUUUCUAUUAAAACUUAAUUAACUCUAACAUUGAUUGACAUUUUAUUGGAUUUUUAAAUUAUUUUUUGUGGAC